UUUCCUUUGCAGUGAGUCGGUGGAGGUGCCACAGAUAGAAGAGCGAGGAGGUGCCCCAGCCUCGCUCUGACUUCCUCCUGCCCAGCUGCGGGGGCCUGCCCCCCUGUUCCCAGCCUGGACACAGACAAGGCAGAAGGGCAGUCAAGCUACUGAUGAGAGAGCCGCCGCAGAAGGUCCCGACAUGGCCUGUUCGCCCUCCUUUGUCCUCAACAUCCAGGAGUCCGAGUGGGACCCCAGCCAGGACCCCAGCCCCUCUGACGAGAGCGGUUUGCAGAGCUCCUUCCACCAGCUGAUCGAGGAGCAGAGCCAGCAGGCCGAGGCCCUGGAGCUGCAGCAGAGGCUCCUCGGGGACCCAGACAAUGGCCAAGGCCCCGGCCCGCCGGAGUACUCGUCGGCCACGCUGAAGAUCCUGGCCAGCAUGCCCAGUCGCACCAUCGGGCGCAGCAGAGGGGCCAUCAUCUCCCAGUACUACAACCGUACGGUCAAGCUGCGGCGCAGGAACACCCGCCCCCCGCUGAGGGACAUAGAGCGCUCCGCCCGCCCCAGCAUCCGGCAGUACGACCUGGACCUGGAGCCCACCACCAGGGAGGAGGAGGAAGAGAAGCAGAGCCUCCUGGUGAAGGAACUGCAGGCCCUGCCGCUGGGCCAGCGGUACCACACGCUGCGGUCGAUGCCCCUGAGACUGGCCGAGAAGCGUCGUCUCUGGCAGGAAAGCUGUGACCAGACGGGCAGGCCGAGCAGAGAGCGACACUGCCAGGAAUUCCUUCCUUGCUGCAGUUACCUCAGAUACCACUGCAUCAUAGCCCUGCGCAGCCUGUGGUACGGGCUCCUGUCGGGCCUGCACGCCCUCCAGUCUCGGCACGACGCCCUGAAGCAGAUCAGCGGCCAGUUCGGGUCCAGCGUGCUCUCCUACUUCCUGUUCCUCAAGACCCUGCUCACCUUCAACGCUCUGCUCCUCUUCUUCUUCCUGACCUUCAUCGUGGCCCUACAGGCCGCCUUCCCCCCACCCCAAGAAUCCACCCGCAGCUCAUCCUUCACGGGUCUGGAGCUCCUCACCGGGGCUGGUUACUUCACCCACACGGUGAUGUACUACGGCUACUAUAGCAACUUCACCCUGAACCAACCCUGCUCCUCCACCGCCAACACCAGCCACUGCCUGCCCGGCAAGGUCAGCCUGCCCUACAACAUGCCGCUGGCCUACCUGCUCACCAAUGGGGUCGCUUUCUUCAUCACUUGCAUCGUCCUGGUGUACAGCAUGUCCCACUCCUUCGGGGAGAGCUACAGGGUGGGCCGCACCCUGGGGGCCCACGCCGUCACCGUCUUCUGCUCUUGGGACUACAAGGUGACCGACUGGCGCGGCAUCCGGCUGCAGCAGGACAACCUCCGCACCCAGCUGAAGGAGCUGUUGGCAGACUGGCAACUGAGGCGACACCCGGUGGGCUGGUGGAGGCGGCUGUGCCAGCUGGCGAGGGUGACGCUCGUGUGGGUGCUGUGCCUGAGCGUGGCCGUGGGCUUAGCCAUCGCUGUCUAUUACUUCUCUGAGUACUUGCACCAGAGUGAAAUGUCUGUUGCCCCCGGGAGCAGCACGUGGCAGCAGGAGGCCAAACUGCUGGUGCUUCCCCUCGUGGUGGGGCUCAUCAACCUGCUGGUGCCUUACCUCUACACGCUGCUGACCAGCUGGGAGCUGCACGAGUCACCCGGGCUGGAGGUCUACAUGGCCAUCUGCAGAAACCUGAUCUUGAAAAUGGUGAUUCUGGGGCUGCUGUGCUUUCACUGGCUGAGCCGCAAAGUCAGGGCGCUGCAGGACCAGUGCUGGGAGACCUUUGUGGGGCAGGAGCUCUACCGCUUCAUGGUGACGGACUUCAUCUUCACCCUGCUGGACACCCUGUUUGGGGAGCUGGUCUGGAGGCUCAUCAUCGAGAAGCGGGAGGGGAAGCGGAAGCCGGAGUUCGACAUCGGCCGGAACGUGUUGGAGCUCAUCUACGGGCAGACGCUGACCUGGUUGGGGGUCCUGUUCUCCCCCCUUCUCCCGGCUGUGCAGAUCAUCAAGCUGCUGCUGCUCUUCUGUGUCAAGAAAACCAGCCUCAUGGCCAACUGCCAGGCUCCCAGCAAGCCCUGGCAGGCGUCCCACAUGACCACCGUCUUCAUCACGCUCCUGUGCUUUCCCUCCUUCCUGGGCGCCGCCAUCUUCCUGUCCUACACCAUCUGGUCAGUGAGGCCGUCCGGCACGUGCGGGCCCUUCCGCCACCUGGACACCAUGUACGAGGCCGGCAAGACCUGGAUCGAGCGGCUGGAAGAGGCCAGCCCCAACAUCUCCUGGUUCGUCUGGAUCCACCGGUACCUGGUGGAGAACACCUUCUUCCUCUUCUUGAUGUCCGCCCUGCUGCUAACCCUGAUCUACCUCAACAUCCAGGUGGUGAAGGGGCAGCGCAGAGUCAUCCGCCGCCUCAAGGAGCAGAUCAGCAAUGAGGGAGAAGAUAAAGAAUUUCUCAUCAGUAAGCUGCACGCCAUUUACGGGAGAAGAGAACCCUCCCUCUGAGCAGGACCACAGACGUCAAGAGCCUGUUUCUGUGUAUUGAUGCCAACCUGGAAGUGUAAAUAAUUCGACGUAGAAAGUGUUCACAUUUCAUUAUUGGCCUGCUGGAUUCAAGUAUUUUGCAUGUUUGAUAUGUUUUUUUUUUCCUUUUUAUCUUUUCUGGGAUUAAAAAAAAUGACAUGAAAAAA